AAGUAUUUUUCAUUCAAGAAGUCAUCUACUGAGGGGGUGACUGCAGGUUUGAUGGUUUCCAGCUUCUCUGUAUUCUGUCUGGAGCAGUAAAAAAAUCUGGACUUCUAACCUUCAGCAGCAUCUUAAUUGCAAUGCAGAUAAAAAAUUUGUAUUUGCAUAAACUCCACAGCAUUCAUCAAACCCACUCUAUUAACUGAUUCUUACCAGAUAUUGAGUGACUUCUUACUUUGUUACAGUAGACAUUAAAUCUUCGCAAUAAUUGCUUGAUAUUUAGUAAUAGUUGGUUACCGGAUAAAUGCUCGAUUUUGACAAGUGCAUGUGGAUAAUAUUAUGUGAUAGUUUCGUAUUCUUAAGGAAUCCAUCACAGGAUUUUAGUGAACAUAGAACUUUUUAGUAACUGCUUAUAGUGCGUUAUAUUAGUAGCAUAUGGUAUGUUUGUGUGUGUAAUCAUAAUCUAGCGAUUACUUUCCUGUUCUCUCUCUCUUUUUUUUGUCUUCUUUCUAUCAUCAAGUCAAAGAAACAACAUGAAAGAGACCACCUUAUAAUCUGUCAAACUGAAAAUGUUCUUAUUCCGUAACUUUGAUUAUCCGUGCCAUUUGACUUGCUUAGGAGUUAAAUUGAUUAGGUAGAAUCUUAGAAUUAGCUUUAACUGAAUCGAUGGAUUGGCCACUCUUAUCAUUUAUUCACUUGGACCAUUAUUAGAGCUGUCCCUUAACUAAUCUUAUAUAGUAAUAGCUUUUAGAUAUAACCUGUGGCAUAUGUAGAGGCUCGACCAUCGCCCUCAUCUCAUCUCAUCUCAUUGUCAAAAGGAGAUUCGAAUGGCAAGUUUUCAGUCUUGAAGGCAUACAAGACAAGCAAAGAAAGCGUUCCAAUUCUUCGGAAUUCAGGCUUUGGACCUUUUAGCAAAACAAUGUAGAGGGCGGAAUUGUAUAGAUGCCAUUCAGUUGGAAAGAAAGAACUAUAUUAAUUGGAGCAGAUUUAUUUCCCUUAAUUCAAUUGCAUUAUGGUAGGCUGGUCUCAGAAUAGGCAUUUAGAGUUGGCCAUCUCGUAAUAAAGUUGAAGCCCAGCAGGCCAAGAUCCUCAUACCAAACUGAGCAGAAAGCUCAGAUGUCAAAUCCCUGAAACUGACAUUUUUCAGGAGAACAUCUUUCUGAUUUCGGAGAAAAUUUGGCUGCUUUCUGAUAAAAGGAAACAAUAUCGCAGAGCCCUGAAAUUGAUGGAAUACUUCCAAAAAAUGGCGGUGCAGAUGCAGCCUCAGGAAUUUGGGGUUGUCGAGGCGGGGAAAUUUCCAGAAAUGAUAGAAAGUCCUGAUGACCUGCAGCAGGAAUUUAUUUGCAAAGUGUAUUUGAUUAUAGCAAUUCAGCUGCUCCUCACCAUGAUUGGGGUUGUUGCAGUUGUCAUUUUAAUUCAACCUUUGGCUUACUCUCUUCGGAGUAGCAGUGUUGGAUUACCUUUCUACUUGGUCAUCUGCAUAGUGGGGAUCCUAGUAAUGUGUCUCUCGUACUGCUAUCACUUCGCCAGUUACAUGCUGCUUGGGGUAUUAACUGCUGCUCUUACAUUGCUGGUUGGAUUGUCCUGUGUAGUUGCUACCGGGAAGGCGAUUCUUGACUCUGUGAUUCUGACAAGUGUUAUUUCCGUGAAUCUAACUCUGUAUACAUUCUGGGCGGCAAGCAAAGGUCAUGAUUUUGAGUUCCUAGGACCCUUCUUGUUUUGCGCCAUUGCUGUGAUUAUAGUGCUUGCUUCAAUACAGAUUCUUUAUCCAUUGGGGAGAGUAUUCUUCAUGAUUUAUGGGUGCUUUGGUUCGAUCGCAUUCUGCGGCUACAUUGUAUGCGUUACUGACAGCCUAAUUAUAAAGAGCCACGCUUAUGAAAGAUACAUUUGGGCUGCUGUGUCUCUGUAUGUGGACUUGGUUAAUAUCUUCCUCUUGUUUCUUUCUAUAUAUAAGGCCGUUGAUUGCUAAGAUCAUUUUUGGUUUUACGAUCAGCAGUAUCGCCAAUUACAUAUCUGUAAACGUUAUCUUCUAGUUGAUAAAAAUACAAACUACUGUGCGAUUCAGAAUUU